AUGGAGAGCUGUGGACCCAGCCUCUGGGAGCUGGAGGGGAGCCCGGGGGACGGCGCAGUCUCUGGAGCUGGGGUCGGGGCGAGGGAAAGGUUACCUGACGCGGCAGGGCCGGAGCCCAGGCCUGUGUGCGGGACGCAGCCAGCCAACCCGAGCUGCGGGAGGACGACCCCCUCCCGCCGCCGUGCGCCUCUGCGGGCCGGGCGGGCGCGCCCUCCGCGGGGGACCGUCCCCGGAAGCGGCCAUUCUCGGGGUCGCCGCCGCGCGGGCGUGGAGAGGGGGCGGCGGCCGCACUGCUCCCCGCUGCCGGGACACGGCCCUGAGGAGAGGACUCCCAGCGAGGCCCUCGUCCCUGACACCGCGGCUAAAACUACGCCCGAGAGCCGGCGGGGCCCGGAGAGGAGCGAGGAUGCGGGCCCCGCGGGUGAGGCCGGGACGCGGCCCAGCCCCUCCGCCCUCCCGCCGCCCGCGCCGCCCGCUCCGCUUCUCCGGACCACGGCCCCCGCGCCUCCCGCGCCCCGGCCCGUGUCCUCCCGUCGGGGCGCGCGGCCCGUCCUCCCCGGGAAGAGCCUGGUGCGGAGCCGGCGCCCCCGGGGCCCUCCGGACGAGGCGGCUCUGCCCGCGGGCGCUGAGCACAGAGCCAGCCGACGGCGCCGGACGGAAGCGGCGGGGGGUGCGCGCUCCGGCCGGAGGCUGAGAGCAGCGGGGUCAGGCCCUGGGCCGAAGAGGACGGACGGGCAGCGCCUCGUGCCCCGGCCCCAGCCCCAGCCCGAGUCGGACCAGUCUGUCCUCGCAGCCGAUUUGGUGACGACCGUGCGGAGUGCCUGCGUGGACCGGCUCCCAGCAUCCUUCCUGCGACCUGAGCAAGUUCCUUCCCAGCGCGAUCAAGCAACAGCCAGACGCAGAGGGAGCUGCCCAGUGAGCCGCGGAGGAGAAGACCGGUUCCCACCCACGCGGGCCGUGCUCAGCAGCUGUCACCCAGCCCUGGCUUCACCGUGACCUCAUCUCAUCCUAAUUACCAGGCCCGACCAAGAGAUGCAACUCAGACCCCAGGUAAAACGAGGGAUGGAUGGGAGGAUAGCAGAAGGUGAAAGGGCAGCUUUCGCCGGAAGUGGAGCUGGCCGUUGUGUGGAUCCUAAUUUUGGACCAGCUUGAAUGUACUUUAUAGUUACCCCGUGAAUGCCGGCUCCUAUCUGGAAGGGAGACACAUCUGAUUCUGAAUGAAGCACUACCCACUAAAGAUAUUAUCACAGGCAGAAUAUUAAUUUUUAUCCCCGAUACAUGUUUCCAACCUUCAGACAUACAACUCCUUUUUCUACCUCCAAAUUCUUGGAAAGAUGCUUAUAUUUGGGAGCUCUUUAUUCCCCGUCUUGAGGGGAUUUCUCACUGACUGUGUUUUUAUUACAGAGAAGGGAAAGCUGAUGUGAUGAACGCUCACUGGAUAGAAAUCCUGGGGCUCUUAAUUAAACCGGAUGAGACAUCUUACCCUGAGAAACACUCUCAUUUGCUUCUUAAAAAUUCAUUUACAUUCUCUGAGAGAUGUAAUUUGCAUUUCCCUGUCUCAUUCCUGAAUCAAAAGUUAUAAUGUUG